GUUAGAUUUGGUAUUGGAAUUCAUGAUAACAACAGACCACAAUUUGCAUCCAGUAUCCUGCUUCUUGUUAUUGCUCUUGCGCAUGGGGCUCUCUUUGGCAUCGAUUCACUGGAUGACUUGGCUCAAUUUGACCUUCAUGAUGGGCUGACUACUGAACUUCUGCUACACUGGAAGACAAAUGCUCUGAACAAACCAGUGUUUAGAAAUGUCACCGCCAAAGGCCCACAGGAGGUUCCCCUCAACAAAGAGAGGUUUUGCUCCUUCCUCUGUUCACUUUUUAUUGCAGCUGGCUAUUCCAAGAAUGCUACAAUCCAUGAUAUCAGUCGGGAGCUGGGCAAGAAUAUUGAAGCAAGACAUGGCUCCGCACCCAUGUCCCAAAUAUACACUCAUCAGUCUGAGUCAACCUACCUGGAACACUACCAGGCACACUGUUCAUCAAUCAACACCGCCAGUGACGUUCUGGAUGAGGAGGAAGAGAUGUAUCACAUAGCCUACUUCCAGGGCUACAGACAAUUCCAGGCAAUUGGGUUUCCCUCUGAGCUACCUGCUGAGAUGAAAGAAGCCAUUUUAGAAAGACCUGAGCUCAUCAAAGCCAGAAAUCGCAUCCAGGAACUAGUCACCAAAGCAGAUUUUGCAGCUGCUGGGUUUGAGAAACAUGAAUAUAGGAAGCUGCACACUCGCAUUCAACUCUCCAAGCUGUAUUGCUACCAAGCUGAGUGGUUUCAAGAAAGCAGAGAUCGGCGAGUCCUCAACCAAGGAAGGAAUGACCCGGAAUUCCCAGAGAGCAACACGUGCAUGCAUGCUCUGGCCCUUAUCAUACCUGAAUUAGAACGCUUAGCAGCGACUCUGUCUUCCACAGAGCCACUCUCCUUUGAUGAAAGACUGCUCUUUGCGGAACAAUUGUUGACACAAUGCCGUCGUGAUUAUGAUGUUAUCUAUCUCCCCAACGAAGCACCGGCCGACGACGGGCGAUGCCCCGUAGAUGAUUGCCGGGCGGACAUUCAGAAGUGA